GCGGUAAAGCAGGAAGAUAUGAGUGCUUACAACGCUUUCAAAGCUUGUACUCCAGUCGCAUGGAGCCCUAAUCUAUACAUAACCCUUGUAAGGGGUAUACCAGGCACUAGGAGGCUCCAUAGGCGUACCCUUGAGGCAUUGCGUCUUGGCAAAUGCAACCGGACUGUAAUGCGAUGGAACACACCUACUGUUAGGGGAAUGAUUCAGCAGGUGAAAAGAUUGGUUGUCGUUGAGACAGAAGAGAUGUACAAUGCACGUAAGGAGAAAUUAGCUAAUCAGAAAGCUCUACGUCCUCCUUUGGUUGUAAACCAUCACGCAGCCCCUGCAGCUGAUUCAGUUCAGUAACUGUUGAAACUCUUUCAUGGUCAGAUUUGUAAUUUGGUCCUGCUAUAAUGGUCCAUCAAUGUAGUGCACCCAAGUUAUACUUUUGAACAUUUGAAAGCUGUUGGUAGGAGCUUUCGCUUUAGCAUGUGCUAUGAAAUUGCAUUGAACCUUUGUAUUCAGGUGGUGGUUAUUAUUGUUUUGGCUAUAAACAAUGCCUCUGGAGCAAUCUAGAGAGUUGAUUAGGUCCUUACUGUGGAAUAAGGAACUUGAAGAAAGAUG